UUUCUAACUAGAUUUGAAAGAUAUGAAGAGAAAUAACCCCAGUGCGAUGUUCAUCUUGAUUUUCAUGAUCAUUUUCUAUCUUUCAUCGGUUGUCGAUGCUGUAUCAGUUCUUAUAUCCAAAACUUUCAAGUUUGUAAACGAAGAAGCUAAUCGUAAGCUUGAUGCCAUCUCAAAUCAUCCUUUCUCUCUUCAGUUUUACAACAACGCCGCUAAUAAAUACACUCUUGCUCUUGGAAUGGGCAUAGGCGUCUCGAAUUCGCGUUUGAUCUGGGUUUGGGCAGCUAACCGGGGAAGACCGGUUGGCGAGAAUGCCGUACUCAGCUUCGGUCGCAAUGGGAAUCUAGUUCUGGUCGAUGCUGAUGGUCGUGUGGCUUGGCAGACAAGAACUGCUAACAAAGGGGUCGUAGAUAUCAAGUUAUUGCCAAAUGGUAACUUGGUUCUCCUUGGUGGAUUUGUUUGGCAAAGUUUUGAUUAUCCCAGUGAUACGCUCUUGAAUGGUCAGGGUCUCCGUCCAGGUGGUGCCAACAAUAAGUUAGUCAGCCGCUUGUCCGAGACGGAUGAUUCUCCAGGGCCUUACAGUCUCGUUAUCAACGAUCCCAACAAUCUUAACACAUUAUUAUUCCUUGCAACGAUGUCAACAAUUGAAACAAAGAUCAAUGUUGAAAGACCACAGAAGUUUAACGGAAAGGAUUUCAAGAGAUGGCAAUCAAAGAUGUUGUUUUUCCCGAGCAAUCAUGAUUUGGACGCAGUACUGCAGGAUCCUCUUAAUGUUUUGAUGAAUAAAGAAGAUAAUACUGAUGCUGAUAAUGAUUAUUAUAUAAGGGGUAAUUAUAUGGUUAAAAAUAAUAUCAUGAAUGGUUUGGAAGAUGCGAUGUAUGAUUUUUACAAUGCUAAAGAUAACUUGACUGCUUAUGAGUUGUGAACUUCAUUAGAAGCAAGUACCAAGCUGAGACUGCAGGAAGCAAGAAAUUUCUGGUAGCAAAGUUUGUGGAGUUCAAGAUGACGAAUGAUAAGUCUGUUGUUGAUCAAUUCCUCGAACUUCAGCAAAUCAUUAACGAGAUUCUUGCUGAAGGUAUGGUCAUUGAUGAGACGUUUCAAGUGUAUGCAGUGAUUGAGAAAUUACCAUCUUUCUGGUCGGAGUACAAAAAAAAAAGCUGAGACAUGACACUGGCGAGAUCAACAUGGUUGAAUUGGGAAAUAAGAUUCAAGUGCAAGAGAUAUUAUUCACCAAAGAUAAGAACGUGUCAUCUACAAGGGACAUGGCUAACAAGGCUCAUAUAUCUGAACACAAGUCGUUCAAAGAUGGGAAAGGUGACAACAACAAUCGCAACUCGAAGCAUGGACCUAACAAGACUGUUGUUCUUCAUAGAAGAUUCAUAGCAGUUGUUCUCCAUAGAAACAUUCCAAAAUUGUAGAACAUUCUAGCAGGUUUGCUGGUCAAAUAUUGUGUUCUCCAUAGAACCCCUGUGAGUCCAGAAAAACUUUGGGUCAAGCUUCCAUAAUUUUAAAUCCAUAAGCA